CGCAGUUUGGGUGACUGUUCGGCCGGACCCCAGCGAGAUGCAACGUCUGACGGCACUGCUCUUCUGCCUGGGCACGGCCCUGUCGCUCAGCCGAGAUGGUGCGUACCGUGCACCGUACGGCUCGGGUCUGAUCGGCGCCUCGUACGGGGGCUACAGUCCGUACAGCGGAGGCGGCUACUACGGCAGUGGAUACGGAUCCUACGGCAGCGGCUAUGGCACUGGCUACGGCAGUGGGAUACGGCUCUUACGGCAGCGGCUAUGGAUCCUACGGCAGUGGCUACGGAUCUCACGGCUCCAGCUACGGCAGCGGCUACGGCAGCGGCUACGGCAACGGAUACUACGGCGGGAGCUACAGCCCGUACAGCGGCAGCGGGUACAGCCGCGGGUACAACCCGUACCGGGGCGUCGCGGGCAGCGGAUUCUACUCCGGCACGACCAUCCCCAGCUACUCUCCCUACAGGCGCUCUGGCCGAAGAUACAAAAGGUCAACGCCACCGACGCAAUCUUCCGACUACUUCGCACUCCAGCGCCUGAUGACUCGGUUCGCCUGAACGCCAUCU